AUGGAGCUCGCUAAAGAAACAGAUUCUCGUCAAGAAGAACCGCGGAACGAGCUGGUGCAUCUUGUGUGGCGACGGUCAUUUCACAAAGAUGGCCCCGAAAAUGAUGCCGAGAGAGCAGUUUAUCAACGUCUACUGGCUCUUGUAGCACAAGACGAGGACGGCAACGAAGCGACGUGGACGUCGCUUCUGUUACGUGAAGUCAGCGCCAAAACGCAAUAUCUCGACCCCGAGUGGGGCUUCGUGGAUGCCUCCAACAUCGUAUCGCGUGUGGAUGAGUGCAUUAUAGCUCUUCAGGGGCAGCCAAAGAAGCAUUUCCUUGAUCCGCUGUCCUGGGAUAUGUCACCCCACAGAGCGAUCGUGUCGGUGGUCGAGGCUGUUCUACUGCUCUUCGAUGUGCCACUACCGUCUCAGCUUAGCGAUGAAGACAUGUGGCGAGCUUGUUGGGGGCUCUGGAUUGUCAAGAACAUUGAGGCUCAUUCAAGCGGCUGGGAGUGGAUGACACACAACGAACCGAUAGGGCUCUUCACCAAACCGUACGCAUUAAGCGUGUCAAACCUCGACCGACAUCGUUGUUGGCAUCAUUUACCUGCUUACGCAAGGCUAAGAGACUGGGCUGGAGCCUGUGCGGCUUAUCUACACAUGCUGGAUCAUUGCCUACCUGAGUUCCACGGCUACGAAGCAGUGCGAAAGCUCGUGACACCUCCGAAACGUACGCCAAAAGAGAACGUGUGGUUCCGCUGUGAAUCUGAAGACGGUGUCGCUUACUUCUACAACCGACUGUAUCAGUCUAUCACGUUUGAUCGACCACAAGACUUCGAUGGAGCGCACGUUGCGCAGAAGAAAAUCCCGAGUGUCAUUCGAGAACUUAUAGCUGAGACCUUACAAGCAGAUGUAUCCACGAGACUCGAACUGGAGCGACGUGGCAAGUUAAAGAUUCACGCACAAUUGCUGGAUCAAGAUCAAUGGGUCGAGUGUCUCGACACACGCACACAGACGAGAUACUACUACAGCAUCAGACACUACAAGACGUCUGCCACUCCACCAGAACAUGGCGUCUUCGAGUCCUACCGCGAGAGUUUCGCAUACGCUUCCGUUCUGCGUCUUCAAGCAGCUUAUCGUCGUCGUCGAUUAGAACACAAAACUCAAGUGCGAAAAGCAAAACGAGGAACUUUGCCAAGUUUUGCCACUUUUGCAAACAAAGGGCGUGCCAAAGCGCAACAUUCGUGA